UGAUUAUAACCUUAUAUUGAUGGACGAAACUUUUGCCGUAUUCGAACAUAGACUGUUUUUUUUUGUCUCCUAGAGGGUCACCAAGCGAUGGUGAAACAAAAGAACGGCACAUCAUUUCAUUACGUAGAGCGCAACUCGUCAUUUUUGUGCUCGGAGCUAGCUUAAUUGAGUUGAGCCGUCGUUACUCGGAAAUGGAAGACGAAGCAAGAAAUAAGGACAAGUCGGGGUAGCCGGGAUAACCACAGUCAAGUGGAAGACCUUCACAACGAGACAACAGCAACGCCUGCUGGUUCUUUUGAGACGAUUUAAACUACAAGAACAUUUGUAAAACAUUUGAAACUGUCCAACAGAAGAAAAAAGGCGACCCCUUUGGAAAUUGACGAUUUUCCUAAUCCAUUUGGGAACUCGCAAUUUUGACUUUCCGUCUCUUGCACGUUCAGUCUAGCGAGGACUUGGUUGCGAAGGAAAUUGAACGAAUAGCCAAACGAUGGCAUCGGUCCAAUUUUCUUUAAGAAACAAAAAAUAACCCAAAAUAAAAAAUAAAUAAAAAAACUGAUUUCCAAAAAGCCUAAAUUACUUUGGCGAGCUGCCUAAAACAUAACACCAACUAUCAGGACACGAUUUAGCGCUCAAGGAGUGUCCUAGCGUUGCUUGGUGGUCACUUUCUCCUUGAGUAGGAACCGAUAGAAAUGGAAUGAAGCAUUGAAGAUUAGCGAGAGCAAACCCAGUGCGACUCCAUUUUUUCUCAUCCCGUGUUUCUUAGCAUCAGCACUACGCCAACUAUUUCCAUAUUUCGACGUCGACCGGGCCUCGCGCAGUCGUCAGUGGUUUGCCCAGCAGGCUGGCCGCCAGAUCCGUCAGCUCUUCUCGAUCUAUAUUUUUCGCGCUACUCGCAUCUCGUCAAGUUUCAAGCAGUAGUGUGUGUGGCUGUGGUUGGAUGCGAACUUUUCCUAGAAUACUAGAUGCGCAGUGCGAGUGCUAAUCACAAAGUUGCUUGAACGCAAGACAAACAACCCGGCCGCAGGUGAACGGCAGUCCGCCAAACAUAAUUCCGGACGGAUACAAACAAACCAAAAAUCCAUAAUAGACAAAAACCAACAAAUCAAAUCAGCAUCAAUCUAAAUUGAUCAUCAAUUAUAGUGCGAGAUGGCCAAUAGUUCAAUGCCAAAUGGACGCGGAUACGUCGAAUGCAGGUCUCCAACCGCAGCUCUGGCCAGGCAGAGUAGCGUUCGAAAGUCGUCGGCGGGAGACGUGAGCGGAGCAGGCGCUCUGCCGUCGUUGGGCACAGCUGGCCGCCUCGUUGAUUACGACGCUUUGAUCAAACAUUUCGAUUGCCCCGUAUGCCACGAUUGGGUGACACCGCCGAUCGUCCAGUGUCGGAAGGGUCACAUCGUCUGCGGCCCGUGUAAAUCCAAAGGCUUGAAAGCCUGUCCGAUCUGCAAACAGCGCUUCAGCGAUGUCAACAACUGGAUGAUGGAGCAGGUGUCUCUCGUCAUCGCUUUUCCGUGCAAGUUCCAGGGCAACGGUUGUCACAUCUACAGCGAACUGAUUCACAAGACAUCUCACGAGGCCCUCUGCUCUUUUCGACCCGUUUCCUGUCAGUACGGAAUCCGCGGAUGCACUCAGAUAUUGCUCUACCAUCUCAUGGAGAAGCACGUCCUAGAGUGUCGCUUCAGACCCCCCAAUCUUCAACAGCAGCUGAGCUCUUCAUCGCGCGACAGCUCCCACAAUUGAUCUGAGAUAAAAAAACAAACAAUUGAAAAGGAAUUUAACUUUUUCUGAUGACAAUCAAUAUGAGUUGACGCGAGGGUCAAUUUAGAACGUUACUCUGUAAUCCACGUUUCACAUUAUCCACAACACAACACAAUACACAGACAGACACACCAAAAAUUAUACACACCAUUUCCGAUAUAUUUGUCAGCGUUUUACUCUCAACUACAUUUGUAUUGCUGCAUUAUAUUUCACUGAUUUGAAAAUAUACUGUACAUCCCCUUC